CUCACUCUCUCCCAUCCAAAACCCACAAAUUUAACAUGAAUACCUCCUCCUCCUCCUCCUCCUCCGCCACCCCCCACCUCCCUCCCUUAAGCCGCUACGAAUCCCAGAAACUCCGGGACUGGAACACCUUCGGCCAAUACCUCCGCAACCACCGCCCGCCCCUCACCCUCACUCGCUGCAGCGGCGCUCAUGUCCUCGAAUUCCUCCGCUACCUCGACCAAUUCGGCAAAACCAAAAUCCACUCCAUCACGUGUCCAUUUUUCGGUCAACCCAACCCCCCCGGCCCCUGUCCCUGUCCUCUCAAACAAGCCUGGGGAAGCCUCGACGCGCUCAUUGGCCGCCUCCGCGCCGCUUAUGACGAGCACGGCGGCGCCGCCCCUGAAACCAAUCCUUUCGCCGCACGAGCCGUUCGACUGUAUCUUCGCCAGGUGCGAGAGAUUCAGUCGAAGGCGCGAGGGGUUUGUUAUGAUAAGAAGAAGAAGAAUGGGAGCAAACAACAACCAGGGUGUGUGUCUGGUAAUUGAUCCUACUUAGUAAGUUUUAUUUUUUGCCUUUUAUGUAUAUUAUAUGGUGUUUUAGGGGAUUGGUGCUGUGAGAGGGUACUGUUGGUGAUGUACUGUCCUUCUAUUGCUUCUAUCUAUUUAUACGUCUGUAGGUUUUUGCCAUAUUUGACAGCUCUUCUUUUAUUGUCUAAUGCGAAAUAAAGGGGGAAUGGAAUUGA